UAUGCAUUGGUGGUAUUGAAAACAUGCUAUGUAUACCAGAUGGUGUGAAUGACAAUCAUGAGCCAAAGAACCUUUCAAACCCCGACGUAUGUAGUCCGACCUACGUCAAACGACCAGAUUCGGAAAGAAGUUGCAGUUUGAUUCCACUGAGUUGUGAAUUUGGAGUAUGCAUUGAAAUGACGGAUACGAUUCACUGCAAUUGUGACCUUGGGGCUACCGGUCAGCUGUGCGAACAGAGAUGCUGUCGAAACUGUGGUGCGCAUGGCUCAUGUCGUGUCGUGCCUGGAUCUGGAAUAGAAGAGUGCAACUGCGAGAAGAACUAUACCGGCGCGUUUUGUGAAAUACCUAACCACAUAGCUAACAAUUCUUGUAACUGUGUUCAUGGCUCAUGUAAUGAUGCGAGAACGUGCAUUUGUAACAAAGGAUGGACGGGAGCCACGUGCAACAUAUCCUGUUCGGAUCAUUGCGGUCAGGGUAGCACUUGUGCAGAAGUCUUUAGCAAAGUAAUAUGCAACCCAACCAGAAAAGAGACCACGAGCCAGAGUCAGACCACGAGUAUCCCGCGCCAGGACGCUUGCAGCUCCGACUACGUCCUUCGACCAGUACAAGAACGGGAAUGCAUGGGCAUAUUUAAUUGUACAUACGGGACCUGUGUUAUCCAAGGAGACUUUAUGUUGUGUCAAUGCGAUAUUGGUGUAUCGCCCGGAUAUCAGCUAUGUGAGCACAAAUGUUGCAAGGACUGUGGAAACAACGGGCGGUGCUACUACCACCCUGAGCUAAAUGAGAUAUGUGACUGUGACAUUAAAUAUGCAGGGUCACUGUGUGAGAUAUACAAUCCGCCAGUGAAGUACACAGAAGUGGAGAAAGUGCAAUGGUGGUUCUAUCUGCUGGCUAUAUUGAUCCCAAUCAUCGUGAUGACGCUGUUUAUGUCACUGGUCCUCAUGUAUCUAUGGAAACGGCGCGUCAUCGUUGUUCUGAAAGCUGUCAGGUUGUUUCAAGCGUACGAAGAUGACGACGAAUGUCAAUGUGACGCUUUCAUCUCGUUCCGUUCCAAUACCCCGGACGAAGAUUACGUUAUUCAUACGUUAUUCCCGAAACUAACGCGAGAAAUGGGUUUCAACGUGAACGUCCAUUAUAAAGAUUUUAUUACGGGAAAUGAGAUCACCAACAACAUCAUCUACGCCGUUGAGAACAGUCGUCGCACGAUCCUGGUCGUCUCACCUCACUAUCUCACGAGCAACUUGACCAAUAUGGAGUGGCACAGCAGAAGGUGCUCGAGCACAAGAACAAGAUAAUUCUCAUUCUUCUGGAAGAUAUAUCGUCGUUCAAAGACACCAUAGACCCCAACCUGAAACGAAUUCUAGACUCUGUAACAUACAUUGAAUGGCCGGGAAACCAGUCUGAAAAGGUCGAUAAAUUUUGGCAACGAAUAAACUUGUCAAUGCCAAAGAAGAAGAAACACUCCUCUUCGUACAUGAACAGUUCUCUUACAAA